AUGGUGUGGCAUAAUGCCUUCAAGUUAUUUUUUGCAGUCGAUGUUAGAUUGUCUGGUGGUACGUAUACUUGGCCGUUUGAAGGAAACGUUGAAAUAAGAAUAGAUAACGGCGACUGGGGACUGGUGUGUGGAUUGUAUAACUGGGAUUGGAUGGAAGCAAGAACCGUUUGUAAACAAUUAGGAUUCGUUGAGGCUAUGUGGCUGUGGCAUAGCGCUGAUUUUGGCAACUAUGGUCCAACGGAAGUGAACGUUUGUAAUAUCAGCUGUGAUUCGUCAGCACAAUCACUGGACGACUGUGAAAUAUUAUCAGAUUAUACUUCCUGCGCAUGCUCUGUAACGGACAGAGCUGGUGUGUCGUGUUAUUUUCCUGGAUUUCGUGGUCGUUUUAAAGAGGGUCUGGCAGCAGAGAGAAUAUUUCCUAAUUCAAGCAAAGAAGACAUACCCACAGAUGAGCUCACUAUCCCAGAAUGCAUUGGGACUUGCAGAGAGAAUGGUAAGGCUAUUGCAGCCCUCUACGGUGGGAAUGAAUGUUACUGUGGUGAUGAUGAUACAGACUACGAUCGAUACGGAGAAGCUAUUCCAGGUGAACUAAUAAAUGGCAUGGAUGUAUACGGUACGGAACAGUGUAGUGGUUAUACUGAAAGCGAUCCUAAUUUGCUGCAGGGGUGUGGUGGAAACUAUCAGCUGGACAUUUAUGAUACAAAAGUAGGUGAAUGCGGUGGUAAUCUGACAGAUCGUUGUGGCUAUAUUUACUCACCAAACUUUCCUGGAUAUAACGAAGGAUAUUGUAUUUGGAUAAUAACAACCAAAGAAGACCAUAUCAUUGAACUCGACAUCCCCUAUAUAGUGUAUAGUUUUUCGGGCGGCCUGGAUGUGAGAGAUGGUGACAACAGUGCAGCCCCGUUAAUAUAUAGUGGAACUAACGUGGGAGACGAAGAUAAAGUGAAUAGUUCAUCUAACAAACUUUGGAUAGAAUCAAACGAAAAUAUAGAGGACUCUGGAGUCUUUAUGACGUAUAUAUCCAUUCCAGUGUCAGAUGUCGCAGUGUGCACCAAACCAAAUUCAAUGCCAAAUCGUGUAAUGCGGUCUUCGACAUCAUGCACAGAAAACUACUAUCCUGGUGACUACAUAACGUUUACCUGUGCCCAAGGCUAUGAGUUGACCGGGGAGAGUGUUAUUACCUGUCUAAGUGAUGGUCAUUGGAGUUGUGAGUUCCCUGUGUGUGAAGAUACCAAUAAUCCAGAGUUGUAUUAUUGUGCUCAAAAUUACCAAUUAGAUACCACAUUUGAAACUACUGAACCGAUUUUGUCGACUACUGAAUCGUGCGUACUAAGUACAACUAGUUGUGCACAGGUCGAUGUUAGAUUGUAUGGUGGUUUAAGGCCAUUUGUUGGAAACGUUGAAAUAAGAAUAGAUAACGGCGACUGGGCACUUGUGUGUGCAACUAAUAGCUCCCGAUGGAACUGGAUGGAAGCGAGAAUCGUGUGUAAACAAUUAGGGUUUGUUGAUGCCAUGUGGUUGUCUGUGUCGCAAAUCGAUUAUUUUGACAGUGAUCUCACUGAAGUGAACGUCUGUGACAUCAGCUGUGAUUCGUCAGCAGAAUCGCUGGAAGACUGUGAAAUACAUGUUACAUCCGAUAACACCUCCUGCGCAUGCUCUGAAAUGGAUAGAGCGUUGGUGUCAUGCUAUUUUCCUGGAUUUCGUGGUCGUUUUAAAGAGGGUCUGACAGCAGAGAGAAUAUUUCCUACUUCAAGCAAAGAAGACAUACCCACAGAUAAGCUCACUAUCCCAGAAUGCAUUGGGACUUGA